AUGGGCAGCCGUAAAAUAAAAGCCCUGUCAACAAUACAAAGACCUUUUGCUCUCAACAUUAGCAAGGCAUAUAGAACAACCGCGACAAAUGCAGCACUUGUGCUUACCGGGCUCACACCCCUUCACAUCAGGGCCAAGUUAGAAGCAAUAUAUGAGCGGGUAAUAAGAUUAAAGGAGAAUGCUGCACUCGACACCACAGUCUUCAGCACGCUGCAGUACGAAACACCAGGCAGCACACAGCACGUGCACCCAGCACAUAAAAACUCGGGCAUACACGUCAAAAUAGCAAAGAGAUCUACGCCGCGAAUAGAGGAUGUACCAGUCGCCUCGCAAUUCUACACAGAUGGCUCCAAACAUGAUAACGGAGUGGGUUGUGCUUAUGCUUAUUAUGAGCAUGGUACACUUCACAGUCAAUGGAAAGGUCAUCUUGCAGCUCACAAUAGUAUCUUCCAGGCGGAGGCCAUAGCAAUUGAAGCGGCAAUACAGUACGCACAUGACAUACAACUUGCACGAACAGAAAUCUGCACAGACAGCAUGUCAGUGCUGCAGGCAUUAAAGAAUCAUCAUCACACAUCUCCCAUAAUCCUGCAAAUCCAACAGACAUUGCAUAGCAACCAGCAAUCUAACAUCAAGCUAAAAUGGGUAAGAGGCCACUCUGGGAUCGCAGGCAAUGAGAUGGCAGAUCAACUGGCCAAUGAGGCAGCAAUCAACAAUAAUGCACAGGCUGUCUCAGCACUAAUCCCGUCCGUUUUUAAAAAGACAACUAAGAGACAUAGGGAAUAA